AUGAAAUGGUUCGAUCCUUCACUCGACGACAAAAUUCGUACGUUCUCACGAAACCUUCUCAAAAAAGCCUCAGAAACUGCCUCGGAACGGUCAAAGGAUGGUGGUGUAGGUCAGUACGGCAAUUAUGCAGCUGCCGAUGUUGAGGCGAACGAGAUCUUCGGCGCAAACGUGAAGCGACUCGAGGAACUUAAGCACAAGUACGACCCCGAUAACCUGUUCAGUCAUGGCACAAAAUUGACUCCGCGUCCCUUGGUAGUGGUGAAUUGA